AUGUGCGGAAUUACGGCUACCAUCAAGCUUAGGAGGAGCGUUCCUGGCACAGAAGUGAACGGAACCAAUGGCGCCAAUCACGGCAUUGGAUUGAACGGAGAGGCUCUCAAUGGGCAGCGUCAAGAUACUGGACUACGCGACCAGUUGGAAGAAAGCCUCCAAACCAUCGCCCACCGCGGUCCAGAUGCAUCUGGUGUUUGGAUUAGUAAAGAUGGGUGCAUCGGCCUGGGUCAUCGCCGUUUGGCCAUCAAUGAUCUUUCGCCAGAUGGAGUACAACCUCUACACAGCGAUGAUGGCAAGAUUCACGCAGUGGUCAAUGGUGAAAUCUACGACCAUGACGCCCUCAGGGAACAAUGUAUUCGAGACCACGGUUACCAUUUCAAGGGCCACAGUGACAGUGAGGUAUUAGUUGCCCUGUACAAGGUUCAUGGAGCUCCAGGCUUCUUUAAGUACCUUCGUGGAGAGUUUUCUUUCGUUAUUUACGAUGAAAGAGACGGAAGGGUUAUUGUUGCACGGGAUCGGUUUGGCAUCAAGCCCAUGUUCUGGACCAUUCACGGCGAAGGCACUGAGAAACGGCUGCUAUUAACCUCAGAAAUGAAAGGUUUCCUACCGCUUGGCUGGAAGCCCGAGUGGAAUGUUUACGGACUUAUCAACGGAUCUUCGCUUAUGGCCGAAAAUACUGUCUUCAAGGAUGUUUGGAAAAUAAACCCCGGUGCGUGGAUGGAAAUAUCACCAACUGGCGAAAUAGAGCAUCGCCAGUACUGGGAUCCAAACUUCAAAGACAAGCGAGAUGUAGAGACGCGUAGUCUUGACGAAAUUGUCCUCGGAGUACGAGAGCGCCUUGUAGAAGCGAUUAAAAUCCGGCUCCGGGCUGAUGUACCAGUGGGCAUCUAUCUAUCCGGAGGCAUCGAUUCAUCAAUCGUUGCAGGUGUCGUAACGAAGCUAGUUCGUGAGCAAGGUGUUAUGCUGGGAAAUCAGGAUGCUACUAAACGCAUUGCCUGCUUCACAAUCCAAUUCCCCGAAACAUCUGGCUUCAACGAGGCCGAUAUUGCUGAGCGGUCAGCUGACUGGUUGGGUGUCCAGAUUCUCAAGAAGGACAUGAAUGAAACCGAACUGGCUAACAACUUUGCUGAUGCGGUAUUUCAUAACGAGCAACACCAUUUCGACCUCAACAGCGUUGGGAAAUUCUGCUUGUCAACCUUGCCCAGGCAGCAUGGAGUACCUGUCGUGCUCACAGGAGAAGGUGCAGACGAGCACUUUGCAGGAUAUCCCUUCCUUCUGCCAGAUUUCCUCCUGGAACCCGACUACGCGUGGCCAGCAUCUUCCUUGGCGAAGGAUAAUGCUGUACGUGAAGGCAUGUACAAGGAGAUGACGGAAGAUAUCAAAAACAUGUUCAACAGGAUUGGCAUGUUUGACCAUGGCUGGGACGACAAUGAUAAGUCUACAUUGGGGGUCGGGAACAACACGUUGAGGUGGCAAGCCAAUGAAGAUUUGUUUGCGCCUUGGGUCCAAGACAAAUGCAAAGGCUUUGAUAUGAGAACCAUCGUUGCCGAUUCGAUACCCCUCGAGGUUCGCAAGAAGAUGGAGGAGAAAUGGCAUUCAUUGCAUUCCAGUCUUUACAUUUACACGAAGUCGCCUCUCGCCAACAUGAUUCUUACUUGCCUGGGCGAUCGUACCGAAAUGGCACACAGCGUUGAAGCUCGAACACCUUUCUUGGAUCAUCAUCUGGUCGAGUACGUUAACGAACUGCCACCAAGCUUGAAGAUUGCAUAUAGCCAGGCAGAUGGGGAAGCGAUCGGGACCGGUGCAAGCUUGUGGUGGAAGAACUUGAGUGCAGCGCGCCAGUCGCUGAGCGAAAAGUGGAUUUUGAAAGAAGCUGGCAAGCCUUUCAUUACACAAGAAUUAUAUGAGCGACGCAAGCACCCCUACUCGGCUCCAGUGAAGUGGCCUCGUGAUGGCCCUAUAAACAAGCUUAUGGAGAGACUGAUUACCAAAGAAAAUAUUGAGAAUUUGGGAUUCAUAGAAUGGAAUGAUGCUCGAGACUGGCUUUGGAAUGCUUUCGGCGAUGAAGCUGACGCGAGAGCUUUCAGGAGGCUGCUGAUGAUAGGAUCGUGGGUAGUCUUGAGCCAAAGAUUCGGAGUCAAAAAGGCAACCAGGGAGUAG